GAUCCUCGCUGGAGGUCCGUGAUUUCCGGGAAUAGUUUCGCCACUGUGAAGGUGCGCGAGGGGGAACCUGUUGGAAAUGACGCGAGCUGAAAUCCUGUUUCAGAAAAGAGAUCACAACAAACAACCCGGGGUCUAAGGCAGAGCGCAUAAAGCCAGCGGUAAACAAGGGUGUGUGUAAACCACAAACAACGACAGUCGUCGCGGAAUCUAGAGGUAAUGCUCAAUGGAGACGCUCAUGAGUGCCGUGGCCCCGCGUGCUCCGGCGGCGGCGAAGCGGGUGUCCGAGGUGGACUUCCGCUCGGGCACGGCUCUGGAGCAGCUGGGGGAUCAGGUGCAGGAGCUGGUGCAGCUGGAACAGGGCGAGUUCGGAGACCAGACCGCACUCGAGGUGCACACAGCCAAAGACUUCAUCUUCAAUAUGCUGGGCUUGGUGCAGAAAGUAGACAAGCGAUUGCCAGUUGCCAAUGAAUAUCUGCUGCUAUCAGGUGGAGCCAGGGAAGGUGUGCUUGACCUUAACCCAGAGGACCUAGGUGACUACGCCAAAGGUGUUGACUUUGAUUUGGACUUCACUCUACUGGUGCCUGCUCUUAAACUGCAUGACCGAAAUCAGCCUGUGACGCUGGACAUGCGGCAUUCCCCACCAUGCCAUUCUUGGCUGAGCCUGCGCCUCUGCGACCCUGCGAUGCUGAAGCGUUGGAGUAUCUGCUGUCAAGAUGAGAAAACUAGAGAGAAUAAAUAUGUGGAAGAUGAGGGGGAAGAAACUGAAGCAGUACAAGGCUCAAUCCCAUCCCUGCAGCCUCCUCAAUCAUUAGAUGGAUGUUACUUCUCUCCGUUGCUGGUUGCCGAUUGGUUCUGGAGUGUGGUUGGGACAGCGGUUGAAGAGUUGCGGAGAAAUCCUCAAAGAGGGAUUCCUGUUCCUGAUCGUGUGGAGCGGAAUGGUCCACUAACAACACUGAUUCUUACUGCAGGAACUAGCCGUAUCCUUUACGACUUGCUUCCAGUGGUUUCGUUUCGUGGCUGGCCGGCCGUCGCACAGGGCUGGCUCACGACCAACCAUUUCUGGGAUGGCAAAAUAACGGAGGAGGAGGCCAUCAGCGGGUUCUACUUGCUUCCUGGCUGUUCUCCAGCUGUCAGCCCCUCAACCAGACCUGACCGCGAAUGGAGACUCGCCUUCUCCCGCAGUGAGGUUCAGCUAAAGAAAUGCGUGCCCUACCCAAUGGCACAAGCCUUCCAAGCAGCUAAAGCUGUACUGUCAAGACUAUUAGCUCGCCCUCGCACCGGCCUUAGCCUCUACCACCUACGUACCUUGAUGUUUUGGGCUUGUGAUCGCUUACCUACAACCUACCUUAGCUGUCCAGAUCAUGAGACUCCUGCUCGGCUUUUCCUUGGCCUACUUGAUGACUUGGCUCACUGCGUUCUGGGCAAAAACUGUCCUAAUUAUUUCCUCCCUCAGUGCAACAUGCUUGAGCACCUUACGGACAGUGCCGCCCUGUUAGUGGCACGAAAACUUGCACAUUUACGAUCCGAUCCUGCAGAGCACUUAAGAGCCGCUUUGGAGCAGGCACAACAGGCAUGCCAACUCAAGCGUGAGGCCGCAGUAGCUGCGAGCAAUGGCCAUGGGUUAUCAUCACCUACCCAUGGAUAUGGUGCGGGAUCACCACAGGAUGACCGGCUAGCACAGCGACUACAACAGCUGGUCACAGAAAACCCUGGCAAGUCUAUUUCAGUCUUCCUCAACCCAGAUGAUGUUACACGCCCACAUUUCCGCAUUGACGACAAGUUCUACUGAGUCGACCGAGCUGGUUUACACACUGCCCAGGGUACAGAGACCCUAUACGACAGAACUUCUAGAAGACAUAUUCAUGUCACUGUGCUACUGUAUUACCAAAUUGUAAAACAGAGUCUUCACAGAGUGUUCUGUUUGGCUCAACUAGGCUGACUACAAUCAAAAUUGCUUGACACUCCAAUGAGGUAUUGUAUGAAUUUCACAGGUGUCACAAUGUCAGGGAGA